AUGGCCGGAACCAAAACCCCCCAAAUCAGCAUCAUCGGCUCCCUCAACAUCGACUUCGUAACAACCACACCUCGCUGCCCGGCACCGGGCGAGACCCUGACAGCCACAUCUUUGUCCGUGUCAGCUGGCGGAAAGGGUGGUAACCAAGCUGUUGCCUGUGGUCGCUCCUCCUUCACGUCCAAAUCAACCCAAGAUGUCUCCGUGAGCAUGAUCGGUGCCGUCGGCGCCGAAGACCCAUACUAUGACUCGCUUCUCAAGCCCGCUCUUGAGAACUCAGGCGUCAACACAACGGCUAUUGAGAAAUCCAAGACCCAAACUGGCUCAGCAAGCAUCAUCGUUGAAGAGAUAAAUGGCGAGAAUCGAAUCCUUUUUGUUCCGGGCGCAAACCACGCUGGAAUGAUGACUGGCGUUGCGCCAAUUCUAUCCGCGCUUGAGAACGCACAGCCAGAUGUUGUUGUUCUGCAGGGCGAGAUCCCGCGCAGUACCACGAUCGGACUACUGGAGCAUUUCAAUGCAGGAGAUAAGGCUCAGGUUGUUUUCAACCCGGCGCCUGUGUUCCCAGAUGGCAUUCCGCUUUCUGCGCUGCAGGGGACUGGUGUCUUGAUUAUGAAUGAGACGGAGGUUGUGCAGAUGACGGAGUUCAUUGGAAACAGUAUUGAGGGAGAGCUGGUUCCUGAAAAGGCGGCUCAGGCUUUCCACGACCGCGCUGGCGUGGAGAUUGUCUUGAUCACACUUGGUGCGCAGGGAGUAUACUACUCUACCCGAUCUGGAAAGAAAGGGCUUGUUCCUGGUGUGAAGGUUGCGAAGGUGCUGGACACUACUGCCGCUGGAGACACGUUUGUUGGGUACUUUGCGACUGCUGUGGCGCGUCUUCUAGCAACUGGCAAGAGUCUGGAGGCGUUCGAUGAUGUCCAGGUUGCUGUUGAGAAGGCCAAUGCCGCUGCUGCGAUGUGCGUGCAGAGACAGGGUGCCAUGCAGAGCAUUCCAUUUGCCUACGAUUUGUAA